GUCUGCCCUUCGCCUCAGAGCAGAGGCAGUUCGGGUCCCCGCAGCAUUCAACGUAGUCGAAGAGGUACAGUACAGAGACUGUCACCGCCAUUACUUCUCACUUACGGUCAUUUCAAGACGGAAACUUUUGGCAAAAAAACCAAGCCCAAACAGGUCAACGAAAGCGGCAACAGUUUUAAACUUGAAGCAUUUUGGAAAUCCUAAGAGACGGAAAGAAACUUUUUUUCUAAUCUUUUUUUUUUCUGGCGUCGUCUUUGAGGAGUUCUGCCAAAAAAAAAAAAAAAAACAAGGCAAAAAAAAUUUAUAUAAUAGCUACAAGGUGGAGACGGUUGAAGGAGGAAAAAAAAACAGUAAGUUAUUCUUUUUUUUUUGAACAACCGCGCCACAAGUCCACAAAGGAAAAAGGUAUCGGCUGCGCGCAGUUGCAUGGCUUGUCUGUGCCUCACUUGCCAAAAAGACGAGACACCUCCAUACCUCCGCUAGUAAUAAUAAAUAGGUGAUAACUUCAGUGUUGGACGACCGUCUUCAGUCAAACACUUUAUUCGACAGUGACUUGAGAUUCCUGCGAAGCAAUUGGGCUUCAACUCCCGACCAAGGAGGCGGAGUCUUAACUUAUUAAAAGGAACUUGCCGAGGUUUGGACGCCCGCAAAUAUGAUGAUGAUGUCUCUGAACAGCAAGCAGCCUUUUGCUAUGGCCCACACCAGCUUGCCCGAACCGAAGUAUUCGUUGCAUUCCUCCUCAUCCUCCACUUUGACUUCCAAUGCACCGUCCUCCUGCUCGUCCUCCCGACACAGCAACACCAUCAUCAGCAGCAGCGGCAGCAGCUCGGAGGCGAUGCGCAGAGCCUGUCUCCCAACCCCACCGAGCAAUAUAUUCGGAGGCUUGGAUGAGAGUUUGUUGGCCCGGGCUGAAGCUCUAGCGGCGGUGGAUAUAGUCUCGCAGACCAAGAACCACCACCACCCUCCACAUCACAGCCCCUUCAAGCCGGACGCAACCUACCACACCAUGAACACUCUCCCCUGCACCUCGUCUUCCUCCUCCUCCUCGGUGCCUAUUUCUCAUCCGUCCGCCUUGUCUGGCCACCACCAUCACCACCACCAUCACCACCACCACCAGCCCCACCAGGCACUGGAGGGGGACCUGCUGGACCACAUCACCCCGGGACUGGCACUAGGAGCCAUGGCAGGACCGGAUGGCUCGGUGGUUUCCACGCCUGCGCACCCUGCCCACAUGGCGGGCAUGAACCACAUGCACCAGGCAGCCAUCAACAUGGCUCAUGCCCACGGGCUACCACCGCACAUGGGCAUGAGCGACGUGGACGCCGAUCCAAGGGACUUGGAAGCCUUCGCAGAGAGGUUUAAGCAGAGACGGAUCAAACUCGGGGUUACCCAGGCGGAUGUAGGGUCAGCUUUAGCCAGCCUGAAGAUUCCUGGGGUGGGCUCCCUCAGCCAGAGCACCAUCUGCCGAUUCGAGUCCCUCACGCUCUCUCACAACAACAUGAUUGCUUUGAAGCCCAUCCUGCAAGCGUGGCUAGAAGAAGCCGAGAAAUCACACAGGGAGAAACUUAAUAAACCCGAGUUGUUCAACGGCGCGGAGAAAAAGAGGAAGCGCACGUCGAUAGCCGCGCCAGAGAAGAGAUCACUGGAGGCCUAUUUUGCCAUUCAGCCGCGUCCCUCCUCGGAGAAAAUCGCAGCAAUCGCAGAGAAGCUGGACCUCAAAAAGAACGUGGUGCGGGUCUGGUUUUGCAACCAGCGACAGAAACAGAAACGAAUGAAAUACUCUGCAUGCGUCUAAGAAUCGCUUUAAACCUCCACCCACGAAAAGACUUGGAACUGUUUAGAGACGAUUUGUAUCAUAUUUCCUAUCUCACACCUUUUUUUCAAUCAUCGAUGACUUUGUGCUUUGAACUUCGAAAAAUUCCUAAAUAUUGAACAAUGACUGAAAAACUCGAGAGAAAAAAAAAACAAAAACAGCCCACAGUCACGUCUUUUACUCGCUGAGAGGGGAGACGUGGAGUCAAGUAAAGCAUCGUUUGACAGAGCAAGUAAGAACACUGUUUCCACACUUACUAUGCUACACCUUUUUAAUGUCAACGCAGUAUGACUUACAGGACUCUGUGCUUUAAUUUUUACUUAUGAUUAAUUUCAAAUGAGGACUAUAGUUUGCGUUAGCAGAAAUUCCCCCCCACCCCCCUCCCCCACCCCCAUUGAAACUAGCAAUUUAUCCACACACAGCGGGGCUAGUUGAACUCAAAGCACUUGGUUGGUGACUACUGAUGUUUAUAUUUUUGGCUUAUAGGAUAAGCUACAUUUUCCCUUCCGAGUUCAUGACGAUGCAGUCUGACAUUUAUUCAGGGUCCAUGAGGGGAUUGAGAGGACAAUACACUACUUGGUCUUGAAAGCUAAUAUUAGAUUACUGCCAAAUGACCCCCCCCUCCCUCCCUCCCUCCCUCUCCCCCCCCUGUAAAUUAAUAAUUUACUUGUCACACACUUCAUUUUGUGUCUAAAUGUGUAAUUAAUUCCACUUAUUUUGUUACCAUGUGUGAUAUCAAAGUCAGGGAUCUAUUUUUAAGAUACCCGGGGUUUGGACUAAGGUAGGGUUGUUUAUUAUUAGGCCUCAGUAUGUGGAGAUAUCGAAAUAGUGGCUCACUUGUAAGGAUUUCACAGAAUUUCUAAAUUAAAAAAAUAUGAUGUCUUGCCGGCUGCAAUAAGUUUUACAAUCCAGCGUGGGCCGGUAUCUUAUGAACUAUUUAUUGAGUGAGGUCAUGUUUACUUCAUUAUAUAUUUAUUGGGAUUCCCCCCUCCUCGUUUUGCUUGAGAAAAUCAAAUUCUGACAGCAAGUUAAGCGUGUUGUUCUGGUUUAAAGGGAAACGACUGUGAAAUAUACAGUCACAAAAUUUUAAUUUUACGAUUUCUAACAUUUGAGAUGGUACAAUCGAGAUAUAUAUGAGAUAGUAUUCUCUUUUUAAAUUAUUUUAUGUAUGUUUUCUGCUAUUUAUUUGUAUAAAUAUACGCGCAUCAUUAUGAAGUCGUUGCUUGUUAAAAUUCACCUUGUUUACUAAUGUUUUUUCUUGAAGAGAAAAGAAACAGCUUCAUGGAAGUAUACGUGUACAAUGUAAAUAUUUCAUUGGAACCAGUCGAUGCACAUAAAUAUAUCCGUACAGGUUUUUGCUGUAUUGCUGUUUUAGCUGAGGUAACUUAUUUCUGUAAUGUAUGUUGCUUUUGGUUCCUGGUUAAAUAAUUCUAUUAAUUUAUUACAUCCAUGUAAUUUUAAUUUAUUUAAUUAUUGAACUGCAAUGUGUUUCAUUAAAGAAAAAACUUUAACAUUUAA